AAUUACUCGUACUUACAAUGAAGCGUUUAAUAUCAAUAACUAUUAUACUACUAACAACUCUUCAAUCACAAUCUAUUUCAGGUACAAAUGAACCCGGUUCCCAGGAGCACAUAAAAUUCUUCUUCUACCAGGACGAACAGGGCCAUAUAAAAAUCGAAGAUUUAACCAGCAGUCCCGCUCAAUUAUCCCUAAGUCUCAACGAUGUUGCCUACUAUUUCUACAGCAAAAAGAAUCCUGAGAGAGGAAUCGAAAUUCAUGGCGGCUAUGCCAAGAGUGUCCACAGGACAUAUUUCAACGCAAGCAAAGAAACAGUUUUCAUCAUACACGGGUGGAAAGCUAACCGGAAAUCUGUCGUAAACUCGAUUAUCAAAGACCAGAUAUUAAAUUUCCACGACGUGAAUGUCUUCGUGGUAGAUUGGAGCCCAGUGUCUGCCAGAAAUUACAUAUCAGCUAAAAGAAGCGUAGAAAAACUGGGCGAAUUCGUAGCGAACUUCGCCAAAAAACUCCGCUCAAAUUCCGGUUUAAAAUUCACUCGAUUAACAUUAGUCGGGCAUUCCCUGGGCGCCCACAUAGCGGGCUGCGCCGGCAAGGCUCUCGCCGGACAAAUAUCCAAAAUCAUCGGCUUGGACCCGGCCGGGCCGCUCUUCUCGCUGGACAACCGGCUGAACCGCAUCGACAAAUCCGACGCCCGAUUCGUCCAAAUCAUCCACACGAACGCCGGAAAACUCGGCUUCGACGGUCAAUUGGGACACGCGGAUUACUAUCCGAACGGCGGCAGCUCGCAGCCCGGCUGCGGUUUCGAUUUUACCGGUACCUGUUCCCAUUCGCGUGCGUACAAUUACUACGCUGAAUCGCUAAUCACCGAUAAGUUCUCUUCGGUGCAGUGCGAUAAUUACAGCGACUUCCGAAGCGAGAAAUGCGACAGGGUUACGUCUUAUAUGGGAACGCUUAGGGUUGAUACGCGGGCUUAUGGUAAAUAUUUUCUAACGACAAAUAGUGAAAUUCCUUGGGCUAGGGGGUAGAGACACCAGGAAGCGUUGGUUUAUUUAUUAAUUCAAUAUUUAUUAUAAUUAAGAGCAUAACAAUAACUUAUAAAUUGUUCAAACAAAUUGUACAAAUACACUUUUUU